AGAAAGAAAGAAAGAAAGAACUCGCAACUGGACUGACAAAGAGAGAAAGAUAUAACAAUAAAAUACUUAACAAUACUUGUUACCAGCUAGAUAACAACAUACUAUAUUAGAGGAUUUCUAGUAGGAUCAUCUGUAACUCCAAGAUGAGCAUCAGAAUGUCAGCCAGCCUUGUUGUUGUGCUCCUGGCCCUCCUGACCAUUACUGAUGGGAUGAGUCUGAGAGGCGUGGGGGCUGACCUGCGAUGUCGUUGCAUUGAGACGGAGAGCAGACAUAUUGGUAAACUCAUUAAGAAGAUAGAGAUGUUCCCUCCCAGCUCGCACUGCAGAGACACUGAGAUCAUUGCCACUCUGAGCAAGAGUGGUCAGGAGAUUUGUCUGGAUGUCAGCGCUCCUUGGGUCAAGAGGGUCAUUGAGAAGAUGCUGGCCAACAACAAAUGAAGAGGGGGAAUCAUUCCAUGAAUACUCUGGGAUUCUGAACUGUUACAAGAUACAAACCAAAUAAGUAUUUAUAAGAUUGAUAGGCUGGAUUCUAUCAUUUUCUAUCCAUGUUGAAAUACAACACUAGAUUUA